UUAAAACUGGUAUAAAAGCCCAGUGAAUCUCACUUAGCCUCACCAUCGCAGUGCACAAUUAUCGGAACCCUAGAAUCGUUCAUCGCCGGCAACAAUGGGUAUCUCUCGGGAUUCGAUGCACAAGAGACGUGCCACUGGAGGCAAGAAGAAGGCAUGGAGGAAGAAGAGAAAGUAUGAGAUGGGAAGACAGUCUGCAAAUACAAAGCUGGUGCCUAAUGCUAAGACUGUUAGGAGAAUAAGGGUCCGAGGAGGCAAUGUGAAGUGGCGUGCUUUGAGGUUGGACACUGGAAACUACUCUUGGGGCAGUGAAGCUGUUACUAGGAAGACCCGUUUAUUGGAUGUGGUGUACAACGCCUCAAACAAUGAGUUGGUUAGGACACAAACUCUAGUGAAGAGUGCAAUUGUUCAAGUUGAUGCAGCUCCAUUUAAGCAGUGGUAUCUCCAGCAUUAUGGUGUUGAAAUUGGUCGCAAGAAGAAGAGUGCCGCCAAGAAGGAAGGAGAGGAGGCUCCUGAGGCUGUUACUGAGGAGAAGAAAAGUAACCAUGUCCAAAGAAAGCUGGAAAAGCGUCAACAGGAUCGUAAGAUCGACCCACAUGUUGAAGAGCAAUUUGCUAGUGGUCGUCUAUUGGCUGCAAUCUCCUCACGACCUGGGCAAUGUGGUCGUGCUGAUGGUUACAUCUUGGAGGGUAAGGAACUGGAGUUUUACAUGAAGAAGCUACAGAAAAAGAAAGGGAAGGGUGCAAGUGGUGCUACUGCUUGAGAGUUAUAAGUCAUCUCUGUUGCAUUAUCAAAAGUUUUAUAUCAGAUUGCCUAUGUUAUUACUCUUCUAUAGGAUGGAAAUUAAGAACCUCUCUAGCUAUUAGAGUUUAGAUGGACCAAUCAUUUUGUAAUGUGAUGUCAGAAUUGAGGACAGAUCCAUCUUACAUCUCUACUGUUUUAUUCUGUUAUUCAACUUUCAGGUUUUACAUUGUUGAAAA